AGGACAAAUAAGACCUUCAAACCACACAUGCCAAAAAGGCCAAAAAACAGUGAGAGAAAGUUAGAACUCUUUCCCCGACCCCUCUCUCUCUGUCUGAUAGAUCCAUGGACUAGACUCUGAACCCACUCUCACAAGAGGGAGAAGAUUAGACAGUCAAUGCAUACUCUCCCUCAGUCCCUAUGAUACCUACCAUAUACAGGCUUGUUUUGUGACUCUUAUUCUGGCUUUUGACACAUACAGAAAAGAUACGAUUCUUUUGGUGACUUUGUAUAUGCAGAGAGAGAUGCAAUCCGAAACGGGGGCUACGGGAAACCAGCAGGUCCAAUCGGCGGCUGACACGCGAGGGAAGCACCGGAUUUCGGCCGAGUUGAAGCGACUUGAGCAGGAAUCUAGGUCCUUGGAGGAGGAGCUGGAACAACUUGAGAAAAUGGGUUCAGCCUCGGCUUCGUGCAAUGAAAUGCUGAGUAUGGUGGAGACCAAACCAGAUCCAUUACUUCCAGUAACAAAUGGCCCGACAAAUCCGUCAUGGGAUAGGUGGUUCGAAGGACCCAAAGAUUCUCAAGGUUGCAGAUGCUGGAUAAUGUGAUCUCUCUUGAGAGUUGACUUCCAUUAACAUUUGUUGGAGGCAAAUAGUGGUACCUUACAUAUUGUUACAAGUAAACAUGUGACAAGUUGAGAGCAAUAACCUUGUUUGUGGCAAAUUUCAAAGGAAUAGUUGCUCUUUGUGCAGAAAAUUAUAGUUUUUCCCCUUUAGAUGAAAGACUCCAAAAUUGCGAGCAAUUCUCUCUCUAUUUGCAGUAGUUGACGUUUGCAUUACGACUGUGACGCUUGUUUGUGCAAAGGAUGAUUCAAUGUUCUUUAAUUACAGGCAAUGUGGAAUGAAACAUUUUCUGUUCUUUCAA